AUGUGGAAACAACUUUUAAUAAUUGAAGUUUUAAUACUGAUUUUAAUAUCCUGCGAUGAAUCUUCAACAACAACAAGUGAACGACCACUCACCAACAUUUUGGAUACUGUUGAAAAAAAUUCAGUCAAUUGCUCGUCAAUUAUUUUCGAGCAUUCCAACAAUAGUAUACUUGACAUAUUGAAUUGUGAAAAUAUGUCAAGCGAUGUCCUUCAAAGUUUAUCAGAUUUCUUAAACCAAGCACCAGAUUACUUUAUUGUUAUGAUUGGAAUGGAUGUUAUGGAUGAGAGCUUUGAAAGUUGGAUUAAAAAUGAUUUUACUGAGAAUCUUUCACGUCCAAUUGUUUUGAAAAUUUACAGUAAUUCUGAGGACAUUGAAAAAAUUUUUAUUCUUGACAAAAGUUCCUCAAAAGCUACAUUACAAUAUGCCAUGGAUUUCCUAAAUAAAGUCAUGACUACUGAUUACUUCUAUGAAGACAAUCCAGAAAUUUUAAAAGAUGCAAUCAAGAAUAAUUGCACAAUUUGCAUCAGAUUAGCUUACCUGAUUGAUGAAAGAUUUAGGACAAAUUUUACAAUUACCGACGAUGAAAUGGACGCUCUGAGCUGUGAUGCAGCAUGUUUUAAGGCACUACUAGAUUUACCUUAUAAUUUCAAUUUUAAUGAAUCAUCCGAUCAAAUCUACAAAUCAAUAUUUCACAGCUUUAUUGACAAAAUAAGGCAAUCAUUAGGAACAGCUGUUCAUAUAUCUCAGAACUAUACAGUCGGUGACUAUUUGCGUGAUUUUGAGACUAAGUUUCCUUUAUUUUGGAUUACAGCACUAGCUUGGAAAGAAGCUGAAUAUCAAAUUUUUGAAUUUUUAAUCCGCAAUGAUUUUCCAUUUCCUGCAAACUUCCUUCAGAGUCGAAAAAUCGAAGAAAGGGAACUUCCAGUCGGUCAUGUCUAA